GUCUUCUUCAUGCCUUGGCCUCUUGGCGCAUCGGGCGACGAAGCGUGGAUGCUGCCAACGAAGAAGCAGCAUCAUGGCGGGGCAUAAACAGGACGAAUUCGUACAUUCGACGGGGCUCAAACAGUCGGUGAAAGGACCACUUCAGCUGGACGACCUUGUUGAAGUCGCUCGGAGACUGAACGCACUUGUGCACGAGGCAAACGACGAUGCGUGCAGCACUGUGUCGUCUAUCGCUUCAUCCACAGAGCAAAGUGACUUCCUUAUUCGCCAGGAAGAUGACAUCAUUGAUUCGGACGUUUUCUCUGAGCCUUCGAUCACGAACUUGCUGGGAGUGCCCUCGACGUCUCACUCGUCCUAUGGGAUAGAAUCCAUCGACGAUGGAGACUUCACCAGGGACAACAUGUCAUCUUCCGCGAUCUCCACGAUCGCUUCGUCCAUUUCAUCUCCUUCCGACUCUUCCUCCGACAACAGUGUGGAUGUCCAUGCAGCUAGCACAGUUCACUUGUCCUCCUCUGUGCUUGGAGUCUUCUCAAUCGACCCACGACUCCCUCGACGACGACGGCGGCGGAGCCUGUCGUCAUUUGGUCUCCACAUUGAAUCCAGCUCAUCCGAUUCGGAUCACAGUAGCGACGACUCGACCACUCGCUAUCGGAGGAAAUGUAUUCGGCUGGAUUGUCUCGUCCAGGCCAAGGACCACCAGCGCCAUGCAUCCAUGGUCAACCAGCUAUCGCCACUUGAUAGCCCUGAGAGGAUGCAACUUCUCACGGAAUCCCAUCCUUUCCCACAGACAACCACCCAUCAAGACGAAGACGAUUCGGUGCUGUAUCCAUCAGCUUCGCUCACUGCUGCAACCACUCGUCCUUGCCCUCAUUCGAUCCUUUCCUCCACAACGACGUCCAUGGCCCACCUGCCAUGGAAUGGCCCUCCCAUCUUCUGCAUUCCAGGCACCACGGCGGCCAAGUCGUCGUCUGCUUCUGAAUGGUACAUGUCGUUCUCGACAUCCCAGCUUCCAGCCAUCAUGGAACAGUAUGUGCCCAAGCACGCAAAGGUUGUGGACGUUGGCUGCGGCCGCUCGGGCCUCUGCCAUGAGCUAGUCUUAGCUGGCUACAGCAACGUGACUGGCAUCGAUACGGAUGCCGACGCCAUUGCUUCACAAAGCACACGACGUUCGUUGCUCGAGCCAUAUUUAACCUUUCAAACGGUGGACGCACGGCACCUCGACACAACAUUCGGCGCGCAUUCCGUCGACUGCAUCGUGGCCAAGGCGACGCUCGACCUUGUUCGUCCCCCCGAACGACUCGGCAUCCUCACCGCAUGCCUCGCCGUUCUUCGUCCUGGCGGCGUUCUGCUGUGGGUGUCAUGCCAAGUGGACAGCACCGUCUCGCGCUGGUGGGACGAACCCGCGAUCCAAUCGCUCUUGGCCACGCAUGUGGACAGCGUGUGCACGCAGCUCCUGGGUCCCGUCGUCGGCCCAUGCUUCGGUCACGCGCCAGGGUUCGUGGCCAAUGUGUAUCGAGCCAAGGAAACGCUACCUCAAAGAAUGGCUCGCCAUGUCGCGGAAGAAACCCAGCUCUUCGAGCAGCGACUUGUCUACCAAUGCGCGGUCUACCGGCGGCAGCUUGUCGAAAUGGACCACGAAGUCGACGUUGCCAUAACUCGGGAAGGACGCCGAAUGUACGUGGAAGACUGGCGCGCCCACAUACUUCGUCAGUGGAGCUAUGCGGCACACAAUGAAGAGCUCAUUGAGGCAUACACUGUCGUGGCAGACGAAGAAGCGCGAGUCGCCGAGUGUGGCGCCAUGGCGGUGCAAGAUGCCCAUGCACUUCAACUGCACGUCGUUUGGACGGCCUUGGAUGUCGUUGACAGCAUCGUGUGUGCCGUGGAAGCAGCACAUACAAAGUCGCUUGCAGCUUUCGCCCAAGAGCGAGCAGAUCUUGUGACGAGUGAGGUAUGGCGGUUGGUGGAAUCGGCCAUUGCAAAGUCGGACGCGACUCGCGCACAACUCGGCGCCUUUCAAUCCUUUAUAGCCCACCUCCUCGACGAGAUCCUCCAAGCCGUGACACGCAGUGCGGCGGGAAAGGAGUGGGCAUGUCCACCUGCCACUCGAGAAGAGCAUGGAGACGGCCUCGACAAGACAGAUAGCACUCCUCCUCAACUGUCGAGCCAAGAUGUCGGCAUUCCCGUGAAAAGAGUGGAGCGCUGCGAAGCCACCAAGUCGAGGACAGAGUUCGUUCCAAGUCAAGACUCUGCCGCAUCGACCGUGUCCAUGAAGGCCGGUGGCGACGCAGACGACGCCAGCCAAGUGAAAGCAUUCGUUGUGGCAUUGGUUGAUCGAGUUGCCACGGCAGCUGCGGUUCCACAACCCAAGACCGCCGCUUCCGAAGCGACUGCUCUCAACGAAGGAGACACGGCGGCGGAAGUUCUUGCCGUCGUGGAGGCGCUAGUUCAAGCGGCAAUGAAUCGAUGAAGGCGACUGCGCUGGACGCGCCAGGGCCUUUCAAGAUAAUGCAUGCAUGGUGCAUUACUACGGGUAGAAAUAAAAUAGCUGGUCGUGUCGCCCUUCCGCACAUCGAUCGAGUGUUGGGUCGGCAAACUCUGGCUGGCCAGACGCGGUCGCGUUGGGAAAGGCGACGGUCAAGCACCAUUCGGACAGGUAGUGCGGCUGAAUCCACGCGUGCCCCAUUGCAGAGGGGUGGACUAUCCAAUGCUGGUGGGUUUCGUUCGCGGAGCAUUCAAACGAGUGAACGAGCGGGGUUUUCAUCCACUUGUGGCUCCACGCGUCGAGACACGUUCCUUCCACGACAUGCUGCAGCAUAUUGCGAUCGUCUGACUCGUGGGCGCGAAAGACACGCCAGGUUUGUCGACGCGGGGAGCCGUUGCCGUCGUCGGCUGCGGGGGCGCUGGCUUUUAGGUAUCCGUCGACGACACUGAGGCGAAACGUGGCUGCGUCGUCGUCCCGCCCGAUCGAGUACAUGCCAGAGAUCCACCCGAGGGAACGAUGGACUUGUCUGGUCGGAGGGACAUCUGCAGACGCCGACGGAUGGACGCCAGAUACGCACAAGACGGCGACCGCCGCGAUCCAUCCAAGGACCGGCGGCAUCUUGACCAAGUGAACCCAAUGUUGUUGCAUGGAGAAUUGCCAAGGUCGCCGCAAGCACAUGGCGCAUCUGAUUCACC